CCCGCGGGGCGUGCGAUGGGAAACGGCACUACAACUCCCAGCAGCCCCCGCGGCGCCUCCAAGCCUUGGAGCGCUGCACUGUGCCGCGUGGCCUGCUGGGAAACCGAGUCCGCUCCCCCCCCGUUCUCCAGCUUCCAGCAGCCCACCGGGCCGGCAGCGCGGCCUGCACCGAGCCCUCGUGCCCCGCCGCCGGCUCGGCCCCGGCCCCGGCUCCGACCCCCUGCUCCCCGCCGCCCCCCUCACCUGCAAACGGGCCGGGCCGCGGGCGGGGAGAAGCGGGCGGAGGAGGAGAGCAGGAGGGCGGCGAGGGGCCGUAUCCUGACGCGCGGCCCGCGGGCGGGGACGGUGGUGAUGAUGGUGGUGAUGGAGGAGGAGGAAGCGGCGGGCGGCGGCGGCGGCGCGGGGCCGGGCUGCGGCUGCAAGGGGAUCCGCUCCUGCCUGCUUUGCGAGGGGCCCGCGCAGGCCGCUCCGCCCCCGCAGGGAGAAGAUAAUUUCACUUACUGUCCAGCAACAGGUUUAGCUAAAGGAAAUGAGCACUCAGAAUUUGCUGGCUGGGCAUUUCCAUUUCCAGGGGUGUUUUUGACAGAGGAGUUCAUUAGUGAAGAAGAAGAAUCGGAGAUGGUUGAACUGAUGGACCAAGAUGAAUGGAAGCCAUCACAGUCUGGCCGAAAGAAACAGGACUAUGGACCCAAAGUGAACUUCAAGAAACAGAGGUUGAAAGCUGGUAGCUUUACCGGUUUGCCAAGUUUUAGUAAAAAAAUUGUGACACAAAUGAAGGCUUGCUCUGUACUAGGUGGUUUCUUACCUGUUGAACAAUGUAAUCUGGACUACAGGCCAGAAAGAGGUUCUGCCAUCGACCCACAUUUUGAUGACUGGUGGCUUUGGGGAGAGCGUCUGGUUAGCUUAAACUUGCUCUCAAAAACCGUGCUCUCCAUGUCUUGUGAUUCAGAGGACAGCAUCCAAUUAUUUCCCACUUUCAGUAAAGAAAACGGGGAAUUAAGUCCCUCUGGAUCUCUUACAGAGACGUCAGCCUGCAAAAGUUCAAGCAAACAGGGAACCGACUACAUUUUAUCCCCAAGGCUUGUUCCAAGUAAAGAGGUGACCGUUGCCAUUCACUUACCCAGAAGGUCUCUGGUGGUACUGUACGGUGACGCACGUUACAAGUGGAAACAUGCGAUUUACCGCAAGCAUAUAGAGCACCGGCGAAUCUGUGUCACGUUCAGGGAGCUGUCUGCGGAGUUCAGCACUGGAGGAAGGCAUGAGGAACUGGGUAAAGAACUGCUAGAAAUAGCUCUUUCGUUUCAAGGAACACCAGUGUGAUCAGCAAGGGGAGGCUAGAAUUGCGUCUUGUUAGGAAAUUUGGUUUGAAAAAUAAAGUACAGUAUUUUUACAAUUUGAUUUAUUUCUGAAGUGUGCAUAAGGAACCAGGUAUGUACCGAGAUAAGCUCAAUCAAAUAGCAGUUUAACACAAACAAGGUGGUGCAGGGAAGGGGUGGGCCAUUUAUUUCUGUGAAGACUGUCCUGAGCAGUGGUAGCUCUUAGACAAAAUGCAUGCAUCACAUCUCUCGGUGUUUAGAGUUAGCUGUAUCCCUAUGGCACAGGCAUCUUCUCACCCACUCCAGAUAGUUCCUUUAGAGAUCACCUCUCCGGUGGGGGCAGGUAAGCAAGCAUCUCUCCACAGACAGUACAACAUGCUGAGAACUAAUUAAAGUAAUUAUCCUUUGCUGAAGAUUCAUGCUCUAACAGCGAGAAUAAAUCAUAAAUACUGUGUGUGACCUAUAUCUUCUGGGACCAGAGAGCUGCAUUUGCAGAGGGCCAAUGCUGACUCUUCCGCAGAGACAGCUUGACAGAGUUCAGACCAGAGGCUUGCACAGACUGUGUUAUUUUCUGAUCGUUUGUCAUCUCUGAACCCUGCUGUCAGCUCUCAGUAGCAGGAGUCAGAUUUUGAGAAUAAGCUGGGCAACAGACUGCAACACCAGCAGCUAUAAUUUUUUUUCUUGGCACCUCCAUCAGUCAGAUUUGAAUCAUACCUUGUACCUAAGAUUCAAGUAGUCAUUUGUAGCAGAAGCUGAUUUGAGGCCAUCUGUCUCUUCAGAACAAACUUCUGUGCUCUUGAAAAUGAAGCUGUGCUGUGGAAGAAGCGUGAUCCUUUAACAAACACUGUUGUGUCAUUGACACCAUUCAGCACAGUCACACCUACAGCAAUAAAAUGACACUUUGCAAUGCUGUCUGGUUUUGUUGGUAAGAAAAAGAGGGACAGGUUUAUUACAUGGGAUUUCAGCGUUCCUGUACAGACAUAUCCUGUCUUAGAAGUACUUCCAUGGCACAAUGCACAGGUUCUUAAUGUACCAGCAACGCAUUCUCACUGUGGACUCUGCCCUCUGCUGCAGGCAUUGCAGAGAAGGCAGCUCUUCAGCCCAACAAAACUAUUUUACUUGAAUUCAGUUUGGUGAAUCAGGAUGUUUUUAACAGUUACAUCUAUGCUGCUUCACCGCUGCAAUGAGAGAGUUUCAGUUUAGCCCAGUAUUUAAACAGUCGUGGACAGGGCUACAGAAUAAUUGCAGGAGGGAUCAGUGAGCGCCACUCCCAUGGGCUGCCCUGAGCCACAAACCUCCGUCCAGACCUGCUGACAGCAUCACCUUCUCCAGCAGCAGUUCCAGCAUGCCCUCUCUGACAGAAGGCUGUCACUGCAAGGAGACAGUUGUGCAACAGGCAGCCAAGCUCCACCAGAAUAAAUAAAUCUCAAAAUCACGGUUCCUAACCUUUUUGUGGCAGGCUGGGGCGAUCAGUCCUUUGCUGCUUGUGCCGAUGGGCUUCACAGCGUGCUGUCCCCCGGCCAGAGCCACAGUGUCCCAGCCUCAGGGCAUCACUGCCAUCGGGUCAGAGAACAUUCAGCCAAGCAGGAGGACACAGCUGGCAGCCUGCUGGACCUCGGCACAAAGCCACAAGGAAACCCAGGGCAGCCUUUUGGAGGAAGAACAAGCUUUGAGACCACAUCCUGCCACCACCCUACCACCUUUCAGUGCCGAGCCUCCACAUCAAUCUGCUCUUCUCAUGGCAAAACACGACAAUCAACUAUUUCCAUUAACGUUUGGCUCUUAUUUCCAACGCUCACUUUCACAUUUCUAUUGUGCUCCCAGCCUGUUAAAAUACUUUGUCUACACGUACCUGCUGUUUCAUUCUGCCAGCAAUGAAAGCAGAUGAUAGCUUCUGAUGAAUCAGUGUGCCACAAUGAAAAGAUAAACAACAUUAGUUCAUUUUGUGCUCUGCAUUUGUUAGCUGAGUUUUUCUGCCUUGUUCAAACUACACAGAAAGCUGCCGUUCUUGCUAGAAAGUUCCAGCUCUGCCUACUUGAUAUCUUAAGUUUAAAACCUGCACAUAAUUAUCUUCUGAGCCAAAAACCGAGGGCUUUGUCUAGAUGGUUUCUGAAGCCCAACACUUAACGUAGUCUCUCCUCAGUCAUUGCUAUGUCUAUCUUUCAACAUUUUUCACCCGUUAAAUUGUCUUUUGGGCAUCAUCUCAGAGAGAUCAUAAAGCAAUCACAAUCUCAUUGGCUCUGUAUUACUUUCUAAAACCUUAUGCAUAUUCUCUCCUAAAAAAGCCAGAACUACAGCAUUGUAGAACAUUAACGAUUGAUUUAGAUUAUCAAGUAUCACAGAAGUCUAAGAAGAGUAUGAAGAGGUUUUAAUCUUAAUCAUCCAUUAAAAAUAAUUUUGUCCACUGUGCUAGUGUCAUUAACAUAAGACAAACUUUAACACUCUUCAUGUUAUAGGAACUGCUAUCACAGCUGUUUAUCUUCUUAACCAAGAUUAGCACUUGUAAAACACAUACCAGGAACCAGGCCCUUAUUAAAAACAAGUGCAUCAAUUUGAUAUCUACUUAUGUAUUUUAAAAGAAGAUAGGUAAUAUCUGUGCAAGCUUUAAAAAAAAAAAAAAAGUAAAGCACAGAUUAACCCAAAGAGGAUGCUGGAGGACUUCAGCUGUCUUUCGAAUAAAAAAAUCAGUCUGAAAUCAGCAAGCAGUGUAAAACUUAGCAUGUUUAUCCAGUUUCACUCACUACCGAUAACUGAGAUACGUGCGUUGUUCUAUAUUAAAUAGCGCUCAUGCAGAGAUAAAACAAGAAUAGGCCAACAGAAAGACAGAGGUUUGCUCUCUCCAAGCACUUAACUGAGUCACCAUCGCGCUCAUCGUGGUUGAGGAAAGCUCCGAAUCACACGCACGGGCGCUCACAGGAACUUUUCUAAAUUCAGCCAGUAAGAAAUCACUGGAGCCAUUUUCUGGUCUCUUCUGCACCACUUUCAAACACCCUGUGAGAAGAUAAUCAGAAAAUAAGCAUGCUGACCCAUUUGUGCUGGGAUGCGGAUUUGAGGUUGCAGCUCUGGGGGAGGUUAUUGAGGAAGCUGCACGAGUUGGAAGAUAACGAAGCUAUGAAAGGAGGGAAUCCUGAAGGCUUUCUGUUUGUUUAUGGAAGGGAAAGAAGAGGAGGGACAGGGCGAAAACCCACGUAAAGCCAUGGAAAGGCAAGAGGAGAGCACGUAGUGUGAGCAGCCAGUCCUGCAGCUGGCCAGGCACCCCGAUCCCCAGGCAGAGUCCACACCCCAGCCACCACUGGCCCCACGGCAAGCUGCCCUUGCUCUCCUGGCAUCAGGAACACCGGGGACAGUCCCCUGCUGCACCCGCACCACCAGCCCUCUACAAACACUUCCAGGUACUUGAGUGCUUACCGCGGCGUGCUCCACCCCAGGCCUCUCCUGCAGUAUCGCCUCCAUCGUCAGGCGGAUCAUGCCCAGGCGAUAAGAUCUAACGUCAGCCUCGUCCCCUGUGGUGACGAGGCCUCCUGCUGCCCACCGCAACAAGGGACAGGCUGGGAGCAGUGUGAAACACAGGGAGCUCAGGGGGCAGGAGCUGCCACCAACCCCAGCCAAAGGGCGAACCCGGCUCUGCCCCGGGCAUCCCCAGCUCCCUCCUGCACUCGUGCCCAGUCCUGACCCCUGCUGAGGAGAGGAGAGAGGAACCCACACCUGCCUUGCCCGAACAAAAUCACCCUCCCAGGGCACGGAGCUGAUCCAAGGCCGGAAGACCCCAAAAGCAACAGAUACCCCAGGAACCACAGGGACACAAGUGUCAAGGUGCCCGAGGCCAGGCACUGGCAGCAGACACGAGACAAGACGUGGUGCUGCCAAAAGAAAAGCAUCCCCAUGCUUAACUGCUGGGAAUCCUGCUGCCAACCACAGGGAUAUCAGCAGAAGCAAGGAGGAUUUUCUGGCAUCAUAGCAAACUCCUGUCUGGACAAGUACAGCAUCCCCACUCCUUCGUGGAUUAAGUUUCUGUUGCUUGCUGAUACCACGGGUGAACUUACUGCAACACAAGUCUGGACCCAACAGCAGUGAACAUGUACAAAUGUUAGAGGAAGAGGCAAGAGAAAAAAGCACUCUUGUUGGGAAGGAAGAACGAGAGGGGCUGCAGCACGAAGUGAUGGGUUAGAUGGGUUACCUGGAGAGAUCCCAGACACCAAGGAGCAAAAAUACUCCCACGAGAGAUACAAAAAGCAAAGCUGGGAGCAGAGCUGGCCAAGCACACGAUUACGCUGAUUUAAGCGUAUUCACCCAUGGGAAACCCUCUCAGACUCCCUGCUGGAGUAAGGCGAUCCCUCUCCAGUCACUGCUCACUGCCUUGAGACUACUUUGAACCUAGUCCCACCAAAGCCUCUAAUUGUUCUACGAAGUCCAAGCACAGUCUCUGCUGCAUUUCUCCAUUUGCUGAAGUUUAUUUGCAAAGAAAUGGACGACUUGGCUGUUUCCAAAUGAGCCACAUUGCUGUCACAGCAUCACGUACAUGCUGUGAAAUUUGAUGACUCUUUACUACAAAAAAAUGGCAAGAUACUUCCCUCCACAACUAAUUUCAAGCCCCGUGGGCUCCACAGUGCACACAGAGCCCUAUUCUUACUGACGUUAAAGGAAAGCACAAAGCUCAGAUAAGAAAUUCAUCCUAUCUGGCCUGGCUCUGGCCUCACAAUAGAAAUUCUGUUGGUAGAAGAGCCUACGCGUGUAAUACUUGGCAGAAAACUCAACUCUGAUUUUGUUCCGUAAACCUUUAAUUUUUUAUUUUGGUAAGAAGAGGAGGAAGAGAGGGCAGGCUCCUGGGGAGAUGGUAUGAAUUUCAUGACCACCCACUUCCUGGAGGACACUCCUCAUUUUUUGCAUAUGUGCAUAAGUACAGGCUAGUCAUUUCACACACACAAACUAUUUUCUUUGCUGCACAUGAGCCAAUAUGGUACAUGCCAACUGCGGCAAGAACAACAGAUGAAAGGCACAGACACAGUGCUAAGCAACUCGUUCAGCAAUGCUCAAACUUGCAUGUAAACAAGAGAAAUUGGAGUUGGGUUCCCAAGGCCCUCGUCAGAGAGAAAUACAGGGAUAGUCUCACUGGGAUUUGUGUGUACUCUCCACUCUGGGCAGCUGACAUGUAAUAUGCUGCCAUCAGAUUUCUCAAAUCCCAGUGGAAUAAGGGACCAUAGAUAAAUAGAACAUUACAAACAUCCGUAACAAUUUCAGAAACCUACACAGCCUGGGAGCCUAACUGCAAUGUUUGAGUGCAGAGCAGGAAAUCGGCAAAGGAUCAGGGCUAAGAAAAUGCGCUUAUGCUUCUUGCAGCCCUGUACCAGAAAGCCUUACUUGCCCUUCAAAGAGCUGAUGAUUGCAAAGCACUUCUCUCCACAAGGUUACCACAAAUCAUAAAACAAGUUUUACAGAAGUUUUCCCCCAAAAGGAUGCUAUAGUAUUCACAAGCUUCCCCUGCUAAGCAAAGCAGACGUGCAAGUGUCUUUUUUUCUGCUGCUGAAAAGGAGUCAGCUCAAGUGAAACGUGAUAGCUCUUCAAUGGCACACAGAUCUCCUGCCGGAUCCAGCUCCAGACUCGCCUGUGCAGCUCCAGGUUCCCCCAGAGGAGCUGCCUGCUUUGGUGGAGGGAGAAGAAAGCAUUCCGUUUGGACAGGUGAACGUACUGCUGACAAACACUGAUGAAAAAUGCAGGACUGGGGCUUGUUCUCUACAGCAAGCCAGGAGAAAGACAUUGCAACGGUACAUAACUGAAGACAACACAGGGACAGAUUUCUACAGCCUGCUGUCACUCUUUACCUCCUUGAAACUUGCUUUUCUAGUCCUUCAAAAUUUUGUCUCAUUAAAUUCCCUGUCACUGUUCUGUUUUAAGAAUGUCCUUGUUAAAACUAAAACACCUGUAAGCCUUCCCUGGGUACUCUUGUUUCUUACUGGAAAAAAAAAAAAAAAAGCACAUGAUCUUGGCAUUCAUUCAAUCUAGAGUGACAGACGCUGCUGAAGAAAUUACAACGGAACUCCUCAGUCCCCUGCAAUUAGGGAUUCGACCUCCCCAGACAUAAAAAUAUAGUAAGGAAUAGCAAGAACAGAACAUAAAAGCUAAGGCUGGUUUCUUCCUGGUUACGUACUUAUGGAACGCUUGCUUUAGAACUGAGGUGAUGAACACUCGGUUUCUAUUGUGCUUUCCUGGAGGUCCUCAGGUUGGAAGCAGAUACCCUCGUUAACCAGCACAGCUCUAGAAAUAAACUGCCAAUUAAUUGCUGCUGCACUGACAGCCAGGGAGUUCUGACACGUAAGACAGGUUCCACACACACACAGCCUUUUUGGACAGCUGAUGCAGUUUUACUUUUGACAACUGAAUGUUGCAUUUGUUAAAAAAAAAAAAAGAAAAAAAAGA